GGGCAGAGGAGGACGUGUGUGAGCGGAUGUGAGUGAUGAUUGGUAUUGAGAUGGAUGUGAAUGCUGUGGUGAUGGCGAUGGUGAUGGUUGGUAUUGAGAUGGAUGUGAAUGCAGUGAUGAUGGCGAUGGUGAUGGUUGGUAUUGAGAUAGAUGUGAAUGCUGUGGUGAUGGUUGGUAUUGAGAUGGAUGUGACUGCUGUGGUGAUGGCGAUGGUGAUGGAUAUGAAUGCUGUGGUGAUGGCGAUGGUGAUGGUUGGUAUUCAGAUAGAUGUGAAUUCUGUGGUGAUGGUUGGUACUGAGAUGGAUGUGAAUGCUGUGGUGAUGGUUGGUAUUGAGAUGAAUGUGUCUGCUGUGGUGAUGGCGAUAGAGAUGGAUGUGAAUGCUGUGGUGAUGGCGAUGGUGAUUGUUGGUAUAGCGACGGUUGCAUUGAUGAUACAGACUGUUGUGGUGUGUGCAACUGAUAUUGUAGUACCGGCCUGUUAUGUGUUUGGGUUAAGUAGUAACGUGAAUUUAUGGAUAUUGAAGUUUCUAAGCUAAGUUCUCCUAAUUUUGCAUAAAAAAAACAGUUCUCCAAUUAAUUUCUCACAAAUGAGUCUUUGCAUUUUUGGUAGCUCCUUAAGCUGGGAGGCCACAGAGUGUCCAAAAGCAUCUGCUGAGGUCAAUUCCGAUGAGCUAUUGGCAUUCACUAACUGUUUGGCAGACUCUAAUAGCUCUUCUUGUUUCUUAAAGAUAGCACUUUGUCGUUUAAUUGAAGAUUUUUCCUUUUUUGUUGCAGGUUCCUGAAACAGAAGAUGCUUGGCUACAAAUAGCAAC